GCUUCGCUAUUGAAGUCGCCCUAAUUUGUUUAAUGCUUUAAAGCUUGUUUAAACAAAAACCAUAUUACAGUUCAAAUCAGCAUAAUAAACUCCUUUUGAACUAGAUAUCAAUGUGGCGAAACUUUGCCAUCAGCUGUCAUUCUAUCCUGAAAGGCAACUUGUUUUAAAUAGUUCGCUUUUGGCGGCUUUACUGUUCCUAGCAGUUUUGUUUUAGUUUCAGUAGCUUUUGAUCAGGGGGCCCUCACUGACCGUGACGAAGAAGAUCCGUUCCAGCUCGAGAAGUCAUAACAAUCGGCCUCUGAAGACCACUCGGCCAAUCAUGGAACACAACAGUGUAAUUAACACUGUGGGUAACCUCAACGACGACUUGGUGUUCCUCCACGAGUUCCAAUUCGACAACAAUAACAGCGACAUAACACCGUCACUAAGUGAAUAUGAACUGCAGAAAAUCAAGGAAGAUCUGGGAAUGCUCGAUAAUGGCGGUGAAUUUGAUUCCUCCAACUUACCCUUACCGUCUAUCUACGUCGACGGCAACACACCGACUCCAUUUGACUUCCCGCUGACGGAAGAAGAGCGCGCUCUGCUGGAGCAGUGCACGAUCGGCUCUCCUCGGCGCUUUUCCGACUCUCCCAGCGUGUGCUCGACAUCCCUGGAGCUACUAGCGGACAGCUUGAUUAAAGACUUUGAAGACAUGGAUUCUGACCAAGAUCAAGAACAGGCAAGGCAAGCAGGAAAUUUUUCCACAAAUUCUACUUCCUUCAAGGUGCAUGAUCGGAAAACACCGUCCCCUCCGGAAGAGAGGGAUUUAGAAAAGUUCCAGCGAGCCGAAGGAAGCUCGAGGUCCGAAGCUUUAAAAUUAAGCGAAGACAGAAAUGAAAAUUUCAGGAAACCGGAUGGCGUACAGAAUUCAAACUCGAGUGAAAGUUCAGACUCUCGCCAAAUGAACGAAACCGUGGAGACUUCAUCGAACUCGGCAUCAGCGUUAUCGCGGAAUGGCCAGGAAUCCGUGCAAACAUCGCGGUCUCCUUCGCUCGAUUCCGACUCACUAUCGGCUUCCAUCGAUUCUGGUCUGCCAGUCAAAGAUGUGCACAUUCCUCCACAUCAGUACUUUGUGGUGGUAGCCAUAGACUUUGGAACAACAUUCAGCGGCUAUGCUUUCGCUUUUACUCGCGAUCCAGAAAGCGUUCACAUGAUGCGACGCUGGGAAGGAGGUGACCCGGGUGUUACAAACCAGAAAACACCGACAACCUUGCUGUUGAAACCUGAUGGAAGUUUCCACUCGUUUGGAUUCGGCGCGCGGGAUUUUUAUCAUGAUUUAGAGCCAGACGACGCCAAGAAAUGGAUGUACUUUGAGAAGUUUAAGAUGUCUCUACACACAAACAAGGAUCUCCACAAAGAUGUAGAGAUCAAAGCUGCUAACGGCAAGGCAGUGAGGGCCGUGACCGUCUUUGCGCAUGCACUAAAGUUCUUCAAAGAUCACGUGCUGGAGGAGCUGUCUGACCAAUCAGCUACCAAGAUUCUGGAAGAAGACAUUCAAUGGGUUCUCACCGUCCCUGCCAUCUGGAAGGCACCUGCAAAGCAGUUCAUGAGGACAGCGGCGUACGAGGCUGGUCUAACCACACAAGAUGCCCCAGACCGCCUUCUGAUCGCUCUAGAACCGGAAGCAGCCUCGAUUUACUGCCGGAAGUUACGCUUAAGAGACUGUACAUGGACCGAGGAAACAAAGCGACGAUCCACCACCGCUUCACAAAUCGACACGCUGGUCGGAGAUGAAUUUCAAGAGAACACCCGUUACUUAGUGGUGGAUUGUGGAGGCGGCACAGUGGACCUUACGGUACAUGAAUUGGACUCGCAGACCGGCACCUUACAGGAGCUCCAUAGGGGCACAGGGGGAGCCUGUGGGGCUACUGGUGUGGACGAGCAGUUUGAACUGCUUUUGAAGAAAAUUUUUGGGAAAGACUUUAUUGAACAGUUCAAAAACAAACGACCCGCAGGCUGGGUCGACUUGAUGAUCGCUUUUGAAGCAAAGAAGCGAACGGCGAGUCCAAACAAGACAAAUCCACUGAAUAUCUCAAUGCCUUAUUCGUUCAUCGAUUACUACAAGAAACACAAAAGUUCCAGCAUUGAAUCUGCGGUGAAGAAGUUUGGAAAUCCAAACGUGAAAUGGUCCUCGCAAGGAAUGUUAAGAAUUGCGCCUGAAACCAUGAAAGAACUGUUUGCACCCGUGCUAAGUAAAAUUGUAGAACAUAUUGAAGACCUCGUCAGUAAAGAUAGUGUUAAAGGACUUGACUUUCUCUUUCUCGUGGGAGGAUUUGCUGAGUCGCCAUUGCUUCAAGUGGCCGUCCGUGAAGCAUUUGACUCAAAAAUGAAAGUCAUUAUUCCCCAAGAGGUCGGUCUGACAAUUCUCCGAGGCGCAGUGUUGUUCGGAAUAGAUCCCACGAUUGUGCGCGUUCGACGGGCGGCAAUGACUUACGGGGUCGGAGUCCUCAAUCGAUUUAUCGUCGGCAAGCACCCGAGAAACAAACUCGUUAAGAAAUCGGGAGUCGAAUGGUGUACAGAUGUGUUCGACAAAUUUGUGACAUCUGAUCAGCCAAUGAAACUCGGAGAGAGUGUUACGAGAAGCUAUGCGCCCGCAAAACCGGGACAAACUUCUACAACUAUUACCAUAUAUUCCACCGAGGAAGAAAACGUUAAUUUUGUCACGGACCAAGGCGUGAAAAAGUGCGGUCAGUUGCUUCUGGAGAUGCCCCAAAUGGAAGACAGUGAUUCUAAGAAACCUAGAGAACUUAAAACGUGUAUGAUGUUUGGUGAUACUGAAAUCAAAGUUACAGCGGUGGACAUUUUGUCCGGUAAAGAAGCAAAAGCAACCAUCAAUUUCUUGUCCCUGUGAAAAAACGAACACAGUAUUAUGUCGCUUAAAUUGCAUCUGUAUCCUUGAAUUAUUUCCACUUGCAGCUUUCACGCCCCUAGUAAAAGGACACUUGACAGUAAUGGAAUGUUUCCGAUUGAACUUCGCCAACAAGUCGUUUAUAAAAGGUAAUUUUCAUACGGAGAGACCCGAUUUUCAGGAAGAGAUUGUCUCCAUUUGAUAACAAUCGAUUUUCAAUAAAGAUGAAAUUACCCUU